CAUGAUACUGGGCGUGGUAUCAUUCCCCAGGCAAAGAUAAGAACCAUCAAGAUGACACUUAUCAUAGUCAUCGGUAAUAUAAAAAAAAUCUUAUUGUUGUGAACUGUACUGUUACAUGUAGCGUGGUAGCUUUGGGUACAACAGCAUCGUACUAAAGCUUAUCAUAGCCAUCGGUAAUAAAAUCUUAUCAAUGUGAACUGUACUGAAAUGUUAAAUCUAUUGUUACAAUUUUAUCGUACAAAAGCUUAUCAUAGUAAUCGGAGCUGAAACUGAUACGUCGCUUUCGAUACAGAAACUGAAAAUAAUGCUGUCUCAUGAAACAUGUCAGUGGUGUCGUUAACUUAACUAAGUGACCAUGACAACGAUUCACUGAUUCAAAAGACGCGCGCAUCAGACAAAGAUCUUGUUUUGACUUGCGUAGUUGCACUCAGAACUAUUCUGAGAAAUUUAGAAGAAAAAAAAUGACAAUCGGGAGAUUAAUAUUAUGUAGAUAAACAAAAAGGGUGAUGAAUACUUAUGUACAGCUUAGCAUGGAAAUUGGUUAAUGUGAUACCUGUAUUAUAGAAGUUUGACUGAUUUGUGAAUCUGGUUUAACAUGACAACACCAUUACCCGUAAGUCGUAGGGCACAUAAGAAAAGGUACCAUUACCCGUAAGUCGUAGGGCACAUAAGAAAAGGCACCAUUACCCGUAAGUCGUAGGGCACAUAAGAAAAGGGUGCACACACUGACUACUUCUAAAUGUUUAUCCCGAGUACGGGGUCACUGGCCCAGCUUUGAGAACCACCCUGCUGUAAGUGUAAUCUCUGUUUUAACGCCUGCUCUUCUCUGCCCAGUGUUUAUAAUGUGCUGGAGUCCGUUUUUCCUGUACAACCUGCUGGACGUGUACAACAUCAUCGCCCCGAACAACCCCGUGUCCACCCUCAUCCAGUCGGCAGCGCCCCUGAACUCCGCGGCCAACCCCAUCAUCUACGGGAUAUUCAGCACCAGGAUAUGUAAAAACUUAAGGUAAUGCAGGUAAUACACGUUUGGUAACGGAGAUCUGGUGUGUGUGUGCGUUUUCGACAGUUUGUGAGUGUGGGUGUGUAGGUGUCUGUGGCAGUGUGUGUGAAUGUGUUUUUGCAAGUGUGUGUGUGUGUUUUUUGUUUUUUUUUAAAAACAAUUUGCAUGUUUUGAUAAUAUUUUAUAAUUAUAUAGAAUGAGUUCGCGUGUCAGUGAUAUCAUGAUUAAGUCCAUACAAUUGGGUUUAAGUGACAAGAAGGGCUUGAGAAGAGAAAAAAUGCAGGAUAUGACGAGUGACGUGAAAAGAUAGAUCUUGGUCAAGCACUACGCAACAUUUGAAGGGAAUUAUAAUUGAUGAAAUGCAUCAGAAAAUCCACUCAAUUAGACUUGAAUGCAAUUAAAGAACUCAAUUAGACUUGAAUGCAAUUAAAGAACUCAAUUAGACUUGAAUGCAAUUAAAGAACUUAAUUAGACUUGAAUGCAAUUAAAGAACUCAAUUAGACUUGAAUGCAAUUAAAGAACUCAAUUAGACUUGAAUGCAAUUAAAGAACUCAAUUAGACUUGAAUGCAAUUAAAGAACUCAAUUAGACUUGAAUGCAAUUAAAGAACUCAAUUAGACUUGAAUGCAAUUAAAGAACUCAAUUAGACUUGAAUGCAAUUAAAGAACUCAAUUAGACUUGAAUGCAAUUAAAGAACUCAAUUAGACCUGAAUGCAAUUAAAGAACUCAAUUAGACUUGAAUGCAAUUAAAGAACUCAAUUAGACUUGAAUGCAAUUAAAGAACUCAAUUAGACUUGAAUGCAAUUAAACAACUCAAUUAGACCUUGAAUGCAAUUAAAGAACUCAAUUAGACUUGAAUGCAAUUAAAGAACUCAAUUAGACUUGAAUGCAAUUAAAGAACUCAAUUAGACUUGAAUGCAAUUAAAGAACUCAAUUAGACCUUGAAUGCAAUUAAAGAACUCAAUUAGACCAUGAAUGCAAUUAAAGAACUCAAUUAGACCUUGAAUGCAAUUAAAGAACUCAAUUAGACCUUGGAUGCAAUUAAAGAACUCAAUUAUAUUUUUAAAAAUAAACACAAAUAAACAACAAUCAUUAAGACACAAAUAUUUGAGUCUCCCGUGCUGGAAGCCAUCACCCUCUUAACAAAGUUGUUUCUUUCGGUUUCAGCAAGCCUUGCAAAGUGCUUGCUCUUUUAAGGUAAAGAGGUUAGGACCCUUCAUCCUCACGUGUGCCUGGGGUGUGUGUGUGUGUGCGCGGUGCCAAUGAGGCAACCGCUGCCGUCUAAGCAGCCUUCACAUACUUUUACCGUCCACAGGCGCAUCCCCUUGCCGUCUUGCCUACGCACCGCCGCCUGCCGGUGCAAGGAGCCGCGCUGCGCCCGACGCGGCUACAGGGCGCGCCACCACAAUUACCUCCCGAGUCAAACCACGGACCCGACACUGACCACGCUCGACGUCAACCGUCGGAUCGCGGACUUUAAAUUGUCCGGAGUCAAGUCGGCGAUCCGCGCAGGCCGGCGCCAGAAGGGUCUCAACGAGAAAGAUCUGAAUAUCCUGAACGAGGCCGCUGUGAAAUUGGGCAGAGGACAGCUGGCGCAGAAAUCAAACAUUUUCAAAUCAAAGGGACGGAAUAAGUGCUCCGAAAACUCGGGUGGUCUGGAUUAUGAGCUAGCUCCCCUGGCCCGCCGGGCAAAACUCUCCGGGAAAUUGCCCAGCGAGGGGAGCGAGGAGUCUCCGCCUUCGAGUGAAACCAUCGUGCAUCCGGUUAGAAACGGAUCGAAAAGUUUGAUCGAAACUGACCUCAGAAACGGAUCAAAUUAUGGGAGCUGCGACGCGUUAGCGGAUACUGACGGAAACGGUCCUGGUCCUGGUCCUGGUCCUGGUCCUGGUCCGGCUUCUGAAGUCGGUGGGUUAAGGUUAAACGAUGACCACGUUUCCUUCAAAAUGGCUCAAGAAAAUUCGCUUUGCGCCAAACCCGAUGAAAGUAGGUCAUCGAACGAUCACGUCGCUUUAAUCUCGGAGACGGCGAGUGGGGACGAGAGCAGCAGCUGCAAGGUCUCCAGUUCCAAGUACAGCGAAGGGGACAUUAUGGAACAAAUCAUGCGUGACUGCGAGGAGUUGGACUUCAUAAAAUCAGAUGUGUUCGAAGACUCCGAGCUGUCGCUCGCUGACGACGCGUAUUCGGUCAUCGGCGGAGGUCGUGUCCAGCACAGGAGCUGCUCGGAAGGUGACCCGGCCAUGAGCUUAGAUGCCAACGAACACCUCUACUUGGAGAGCGAAGGUUCAGAGGCGUCUCUGGCGUCACGCGCCCAAGAGGGAUUGACAGACAGAUCGCUGGUUCAUAGGCGUCCCUCAGGUGUUCCGACGGUUAGGAGGAGGCUGACGUCGGAGGAGAAUAAUCUUUUAACCAAAGCAACGUGCAAGUGGUUGAUGAACGAGGUGAAGGCGAGUGAAUCGAGUGUCAUGUCCUGAUGUUAGGUCCUGAUGUUAGGUGCUGAGUUUAGGUCCUGGUGUAAGGUCCCGAUGUUAGGUCCCGAUGUUAGGUCCUAGUGUUAGGUGCUGAUUUUAGGUCCUGAUGUUAGGUCCUGAUGUUAGGUACUGAUGUUAGGUACUGACGUUAUGUCCUGUUUUGGGUCCCGAUAUUAGGUCCUAACGUUAGGUCCUGAUGUUAGAUCCUGAUGUCGUAUCCUGUCUCCAAUGAAUCAAGUGUUAUCUCAUAGAAAUUAUUUCAAAUGAAAACUUCAUUUAGUGUUUUAUUUCCAUGGAGCUUUGUAUUAUGAAUGUAUAUGUCAUGAUGUUUGUGUUAUGAAUGUAAAUGUCAUGAUGUUUGUGUUAUGAAUGUAAAUGUCAUGAUGCUUGUGUUAUGAAUGUAAAUGUCAUGAUGCUUGUGUUAUGAGUUUAAAUUGCUACGAUAUUUGUGUUAUGAAUGUAAAUGUCAUGAUGUUUGUGUUAUGAAUGUAUAUGUCAUGAUGUUUGUGUUAUGAAUGUAAAUGUCAUGAUGUUUGUGUUAUGAAUGUAAAUGUCAUGAUGUUUGUGUUAUGAAUGUAUAUGUCAUGAUGUUUGUGUUAUGAAUGUAAAUGUCAUGAUGUUUAUGUUAUGAAUGUAAAUGUCAUGAUGCUUGUGUUAUGAAUGUAAAUGUCAUGAUGCUUGUGUUAUGAGUUUAAAUUGCUACGAUAUUUGUGUUAUGAAUGUAAAUGCGAUGACUUUUGUGUUAUGAAUGUAAAUUGACAUACUGUUUGAAUUAUUACUGUAAAUUUCCAUGAUUUUUGUGUUAUGAAUGUAAAUAAUAUGAUUUUUGUGUUAUGAGUGUAAGUGACUGACGUUUGUUUUAUGAUUUUAAAUGACUGAUUUAUGUGCCAUGCCAUGAGUGUAAAUACACUCUGUUAUGAGAGUAAGUGCUUUGAAGUUUAUGUUAUGAGUGUAAAUAUUAUAUUGUUUGUGUAUAUAUGGUUAAUAUCAUUGUAUUUCUGACACAGAGGUAAAACAUAAAUGUUUAAUGUUUGAGGCGUUUUGUUUAGAGGUUUAGAUUAUCGUUAUGUAAGUUUAAGUUCUGGCAGAGGAUAACCUUAUGUAAGUUUAAGUUCUGGCAAAGGAUAACCUUAUGUAAGUUUAAGUUCUGGCAGAGGAUAACCUUAUGUAAGUUU